AUGGCUGACUCUGAUCUCCUCGCCGCCUGGCGAAAGUACUCGGCCUCACAGGACCAUGCAGACCAAGUUCUCCAUGACCAGCUUCUUGCCGCCCAGCUCCAGGCAGGCCAUGGCGCUCCGCCACCGCCGCGGCCCCAGCCGGGAAUGCAGCACGUCCAGCCCAUGAGAGACCACUCCAAUAUCGAUCCCUCUAUCUCGGGUGGCCCCCCCACGGCCGGCAUGAUCCCUGCGCCCCCGCAACCGCCCCAGUCCCAGCAGUCGGCUCAGUCCCCAGAUCAGAUGAUGCAGGACCAGGGCUCCGAGACGCGUAAGAUGUAUGGAAAGCGCGAACUGUCGACAUCGAAACGCGCUGCCCAGAAUCGUGCGGCUCAGCGAGCUUUUCGUCAGCGGAAGGAAGGAUACAUUCGCAAACUGGAAGAGCAGGUGAAGGAAUACGAAAUCAUGUCUGAGAACUACAAAGCGCUCCAGGCCGAAAACUAUCAGCUUCGCGAAUACAUCAUUGGCCUCCAGUCUCGCUUGAUCGAUACUCAGAGCGAUGUCCCGGAACUGCCCGCAAACAUUGACCUGACGCAAACCCGCCCAGACCCCUCUGUCACGGCGGCACAGGCCGCUGCAGUUGCCGUAGGCCAGGCCGCCGGCCAGCCCGAGCAACUUAACGCGCUAAACCGCAUCGCCGUGGCAGGCCUGGGCGUACGAAAGCACCAGCACGAAGAAGCUGCCUUUUUAGGCAACACCAAUUUUGCGAAGAGACUCCGUAGUGAAAUGGUUGGCGAUGAAUCGGGCGACCCGUCAGGAGUCGGUAAGAUUGAAGGUGCCCCGCUCCCGAGUUUGCCUUCUUAG